UAUAUGCCUGAGAACUUAUUUUGACCUUGUUACAGCACUUUUACUUGAGUUUUUGGCACCCCUGCCCAAACUCAAACACAGAAAAUAGCACAUCAUCGCAAUUUUAAAGCCUGAACCAGAAAAUCCUUGUUUUUUUGGAAUGUAACAUAGACAGCUAAUUGGUGAUCAAAAUAAAUGCAGUUUAUAGACUGUUGACUGACAAAUAAACAAAUCAUUUGGGGUCCAUAGCAAUAGUCAUCAACUAAAUUUUCCCAUUACAUUAAACAAAACAGCAAAUCUGACCUCAACCCUAAAUCACUUAAUUCAAAUAAAUGCAGGUAAUACAUGUUUUAACGCUAUUGUUCCCAUGCAGUCAGGGUUUUGACCUGUGAUGAUGCAGACAUGACCUCUGACCAUUCCCUGGGCCUUUUUGGAAAAAAAAUGACUGCUUGUUGAAGCAGCUACUCUCCAUCACUGACCCAUCACGAAUCCGCCCAGGGGCACAAACAACACAUUACUGUGUUUAUUUGUUCCUUGUGAGGAAGGGCCGGAUGUAAUAAUCUGCUGUCAGAUUUAGGCAAGAUACAACAAAAACCCACACACACACACAAAUAAUUGAUUAAAGCAUGAUGUAGGACAAGGUGUCUAUCGUCUUUCCACAUUGCCUGUGUGAGUGAGGCGUUGGCAUAUCUACGGCUGGUGUUUGGCCCGGUCUCAUCCUCCACAUGAUAUGAUUUGCUUUAUUGAUAUCUGUCAGGUUGCAUAAUCGCAGGAUAGGCUGACCUGUAUGAGGAAACGUCUAAUCCGCUCCCACAGAGCGUCUACACUCAUCCGAUUAAGGGAGCACAUUAUGCACACAAAAAACCAUAAUAUUAAACCGAUUAGGCCAGGUGGAAUAGUGUAAUUAAGCAGGAUUAUGCUGUAUGGAGCCUGCUAACAAUGAAAUCAGAGACUCCCCAGCAAGAAAAAAAACCUGCGGCUACAUCCAUCUGCUGUAGACCAACCAUCAGGAAAUUCCCGCGACAUGAUUUGUUUUUUCAAGGCAUUAAUUAUUCACACACAAUUCAAUACAACUCUGAUUAUCUCUGUAAGGACAAUUCUAUCCAGCAGCUCGCACACCAAGGAAAUGGAAAAGGUCUUUCCCCGUCACGUGCCGAGCUCGAGGCGCACAGAGACGCACCGCGCCGCUCCGACUUGCUUUUUCUGCCUCCACGCCCACCUCCUCUCCAUAUGUUGCUGUUGUUGUUGCUUUUUAACAUUAAUUUUCUUUGUAUAUAAUAGCUUUGUUUUAUUGAAAAGAAGAUGAAGAAAUGAUCAACCUUGGAAAACGAAUCUUGGGGUCGCCUGCUCCAGCGUCCUUUGGCGCGCGUAACAGGUGCCACACGCGAACAAACACAACAUAUAUAUACAUAUAUAUAAUGGCCAUACACAGACAGCAGCGACAAAUGCAUACGUACUUCCUGGCACCACAAUAAACACCGUCAGCCCGACCCGGGCACAAUACAGUCGACGGUUGUUUGGCGGCUGACUGUAACGAACCUUCAGCACCUGUUCUCGGCGCUCGUUUCGCCUCCUGAUUCCGUCCAAUGGGAACGCGCGGGCCGACUGGAGGCGGGGAGAAGAGGGAGAGAAGUUGGAGGAGAGAGUGGGAGACGCAUCCGGGGAGACGGCGGAGUCACACAUCAAAUCAGAGACUUCGGUGCUGUCACUUGACGUCCUGCAUUGCUUUAUUUCUGUUUGGAUUUUUAAAAAAAUAUUAUCAUUCAUUUUUUCCCCUUCGUUCACGUGGCUGCACUUUUCUUUCUUUUUUUUGUUGACAGUGCAGCCACAGGUUGACCGAUUUUUAAUCCAGUCACCGUGGAUUACUCCUCUCCACCUCGCGUCGAUUGUCACCGACAGCAUCGACAUGGGCACCGUCCACAGAUCACUGACGGCAGAGAGAGAGGAGCAAACUGCUCACAGCGCCUGAGCGAGCGAGCAGCGAGGAGACGGAGACGACAUCUGUGAGGGAGCGACGCGCAAUUUCGAGCGGACGAGCGAGGACCUGUGGAGAGACGAAUGAACGGCGGCGAACACGAUGAUGGGAUGGCCGUGACAACAUGAAAAAGAAGAAGUGCGGGGGUCUAUCUUCAUCCAGCCAGUGAUCCAACACACCCUAACCUGGGGGACAGGGACUGAGAGAGAAGAGGUAGGAGACAGGUGCGUGGCCACAGGCGUGACCAUGGAGCCUCCCCCCUCUCUGAGCUUGGCUCUACUAGGAGGGAGUGAGGAUGAGGACCAGCGCUUCCUCUUUCCCCUGGGCAUUAUUUCCCAUCCCUCCACCACUGGCAACCAGCCAGGCUCAAACCACUCCAACCACAUGGGCGGAUCGAGCCUCGACCGUCUUAAUGGCAGCACCCCAUCCCCUGCCACGCCCAACUUACCUCCAACAUCGCUCCCUAAGUUACCCAUGUCCUCCUCUGGAGCCCAGCCGCUGCCCACUUCCAUCCCCAACGCCCUGCAUCCCACCAGCACACCGUUGUCUUCGUGCUUGGGCUCACAGCACAGCCUGAGCGGGGACAACUCCCCGGUCUACAACGCCCUCUUUUACUCCUCCCACUCGCCCUCCAUGGAACGGGACAGGGAGCGUGACAGGGACAGGGAGAGGGGCUGCAAACACAGACAAGCUAGCCCUCUGGUUCACCGUAGGGACAGUAACCCCUUCACAGAGAUCGCCAUGAGCUCCUGCAAGUACACGGGCGGGGUCAUGAAGCCCCUGAGCCGCCUCAGCGCCUCCCGCAGAAACCUCAUCGAAUCAGACAGCAGCAGUGAAACCAAAGAGGGUGGCGUUUCCGCUGUUGCCGGGGCAACGGCCGCUGGAGGGCAUGACCGGCAGCGAGAGGCCCCUCCCACCUCCUUGGUGGCUCAGUCCUCUACCAAUCAACCCCCAAUCCAGAGCCCCCCGGAGAUUGUGAUUUCAUCCAAAGAAGACUCGCCGUACCUCGGAGGAGGGUAUGACAUCACUGACUCCACAUCCAACCAGAUGUCCAUCUACCACCAGAACCAUGCGCUGGUAGAAAGCAGGCGGGCGCAUCCGGGGAGGGGCAGCAGGCAAGGAGCGGCCGGGGCUGUGGGCACCGGGGCUCGGGGCAGCACCUCCAAGGCCUCAAAAAGGAAGAACCAAAACAUUGGCUAUAAACUGGGCCAUCGCAGGGCAUUAUUCGAGAAGAGGAAGCGGCUGAGUGACUAUGCCCUCAUCUUCGGAAUGUUUGGAAUCGUAGUCAUGGUGAUUGAGACGGAGCUGUCGUGGGGCGUGUACACAAAGAGCUCCAUGUAUUCUCUGGCCCUGAAGUGUCUGAUCAGCCUGUCCACAGUCAUACUGCUGGGCCUCAUCAUAGCCUACCAUGCUCGGGAGGUUCAGCUGUUUGUCAUCGACAAUGGAGCAGACGACUGGCGCAUCGCCAUGACAAUGGAAAGGGUCCUGCUGAUUGCGCUGGAGCUGCUGGUGUCUGCGGUGCAUCCGGUGCCCGGGGACUUCAAGUUUCAGUGGCGGGCGCGGCUGGCCUUCUCGUAUGCACCGUCGCAGGCCGAGGCCGACCUGGACAUGGUGCUGAGCGUGCCCAUGUUCCUGCGCCUCUACCUCAUUGCCAGAGUCAUGCUUCUGCACAGUAAACUCUUCACCGACGCCUCCUCCAGGAGUAUAGGUGCCCUAAAUAAGGUGCAUUUUAACACACGGUUUGUAAUGAAAACCCUCAUGACUAUCUGCCCCGGGACGGUGCUGCUGGUCUUCAGCAUCUCUCUGUGGAUCAUCGCUGCCUGGACUGUACGAGUGUGUGAGAGGUAUCAUGAUGCCCAGGAUGUGACCAGUAACUUCCUGGGAGCCAUGUGGCUUAUCUCCAUCACCUUCUUGUCCAUCGGCUACGGAGACAUGGUUCCUCACACCUACUGUGGCAAAGGAGUCUGUCUACUCACAGGAAUCAUGGGUGCUGGCUGCACGGCUCUGGUGGUUGCCGUGGUAGCCAGGAAGCUGGAGCUGACCAAGGCCGAGAAACACGUACACAACUUCAUGAUGGAUACGCAACUCACCAAGAGGAUAAAGAAUGCGGCAGCUAACGUGCUGAGGGAGACCUGGCUCAUCUACAAACACACCAAGCUGAUGAAGAAGAUUGACCACUCCAGGGUCCGCAAACACCAGCGGAAGUUCCUCCAGGCUAUACAUCAAUUACGUAGUGUGAAAAUGGAGCAAAGGAAACUCAGUGAUCAGGCCAACACACUAGUGGACCUCUCAAAGAUGCAGAGCGUCAUGUAUGAGCUUAUGUCGGAGCUCAACGAUCGCAGCGAGGACUUGGAGCGCCAGAUGCUGUCCCUGGAGCAGCGGGUGGAGCAGCUCACCGCUGGCUUUAACGCCCUCCCUGCCCACCUCUCCGCCACCCUCAGUGCCCAGCACGCUGCACUGGUCCACCUGCUGCGAGAGAGGGAUGCAAGGGACGGCAGAGGAGACGGAGGAGGUGCUGUGGUCCCAUUGUCCCCGGCGACUUCUAUAUCCACGGCCCCAGCUUCAGUUUCUCCAGUCCAGAUCACAGCUCCAGCCCCACCCCCAGCCCCCGUCCCUACUUUGGCCCUGGAGUCGCCCCCACCACUGAGCUCAGACGGGAGUGCGGAGGCUAGUCCCAAGCCCAACACCUGCACCUCUGGCUGCUGAAGACAGCUCUAGGGACCAGGAGAGGACAAACCUGGGGAGAAAACAGGUAGUGUGGAGGGGGUGCUAUGCUAGACCUCUCACUUCAGACUAAAGGAGAGGACGGAGGAGAAGAGAAAUGUGAGGCGAUCCUCUGAAACUUACGCCCCACGAGGGAGGGAUGAAGAUGGGCCUAUGCUGAGAAGUAAUGGGAUAAAGAUGAAGGGGCAGUAUGACUGAUGAGAUAUGCGAGGGACUUUGGGGCACUUUCCUUGAUGACGGGAAGGAGCAGAAAAAUGGAGACUCUAAAAGGUGUGAGGGGGAGAAAGGAUGUCAAGAGGGUGAGAAAUGGAGGUAGAGAGAAUGAGGAGGGGGAAGGAGAGAGGAGGAGAAACGAGGAAUAAUUAUAUGAGCUCCUAAAUGAAAUCUACUCCAAUUAUUGAAAAGGCCUUUAAUUCUCUGUUUCUCUUCUCUCUCUCUCUUUCUCUCUUUCCCUCUUUCCCCCUCUCCCAAUCUCUCUCUCCCUUCAACAGGAAUUAAUGACCAUGACUUUUUAUCCUUAUAAUGUAUUUUCUAUCUGAUUGCUAAUUGUGUGUUAACGAGCAUCCCUUUAACAGAAGGUUCGAUCAUACGACCACCCUUAAAAAAAACUUGUGGCAUGCACCGCACGCACACACACACACACACACACACACACAAACACACACAUUAUAUAAGCUCGUCAUCCACACAAUACAAUGUAUUAAACACAGUUCAAACAGAAAUACACAAUCUUUCACAAUGCAGGCCCUAUUUCCACUCACACAAAGAAAUUAAUGCACCAGCCCACACACAAAUACUAAAGCCUAUACUGCCAAGCACUCGAUGCACUGUCAAUCUCCACAGAGCACUGCCAAGCAAUGAAGACACACUGUACAAAAAAAUAAACACCCUAAUGACGUAUCUUUUGUGGGUGUGAGCUAAUGCAAUAGUUUAGCCUUAGCAUAGUUGUGACACUUUAGCUACUCAGUCAGGGGAAUUACGACGGUUCACGGAGCUACACACUUUUCAAAUCAAGUUGAAAUGACCUGAUAUGAUUGUGAGGGACAUGCGUCACCAUAUAACUGUUGUGUUUGUGAUGAAGAAGAUAGUAACAGGUGAGAGAAUCAAUGUAAAACAACUAUAACAGGACUGUAUCACUGCAACGACAGAUUUACAGAGUAAGUUUUUUUGUUGUUGUUGUUUUGCUGUACUGAAAUGAUAUUUUUUGAAGAGUUUAGAUUUUGUUUAAUUUCUGUGACCAUUUCAUUGCCAAUGUAAACCUCAGAAAAUUGUCAAUUAAUAGUUGUUUCUACUGCACCGCGACUCAGUGGAUUGUUGAAAAAACACUUGGUUUAUAACACAAGCAUUUAUUAAAUUGGCAUUUCAGUCUGGCAGAUGUAUUUCGAACAUGGUAUCGCACCUUUUUGAAUCAAUGGUAUCACGACACAGAGCUUUGCACAAAUUUAAUAUUCCACAUUCAGCCAGUCUUCUCAUUGUUUGCUAUCGAAGCAUACACUGGAGUCUAUCUGUCCGUUAUCCUUUAAUAAUAAGACAUGACUGGUCAGUUUAGUCAAAUUUACUCAGAUACAGUAGUAACUCUUGUAUUUUUUUUCUUUUUUUAUGUUAUAAUGACUGGAUUAUAGUUUUUUUUUUUACAUUAGUAAUUGACCUCUUGAAAUCAAACAAUGAUUUAACUGUGUGACUAUAAGUUGAAUGUGAUUAAUGUUUUUUCAGUGUGUGGUUCUGUUGAUGACGCUUCGUGGAGGGAAGAAAACCCACUGCCAUACGUUUUCAAGCUUACAGUCCCAAAACAACUCACUGUUAUCAUGAAUAUAGUCUGUGCAAAGAAACACACUCAAUCACUCUUUCUUGCUUGAUCAAUUAAACUGCCAUGCAGACACAGAAACACACACCCACGUGCACGUACACACUUACACACUUACACAUUUACACACACACACACACACACACACCUCAGUAACCAAAGUGCUCUCUCUUAAAUGGACUUCAAUAAGAGGCAGUGAACGCUGCUGUCCCCGGGGACAAAAGAUAGCAGGAGGCAUUGCAGAUAUCUCUGACAAUAUUUCUGAGGGAAUAACUGUGAAAAUCUGGGCAUGGACUUGUUACAGUGCUGUACAUGGACUGCUCUUCGUUGCUUUAAAACCAGAUUAAGGUGGACUACAGAUGAACACAAGGGAACACAAAUAAACCUUAUUAAGGAAAAUGGCCAUGAUGGAACAGCUGUUCAUGAAAUAAAACAGAAAGAGAGACUGAGGUGUAUCUGUGAGGAAUUGUAAUUGUGUGAUGGGAAAAGACACAAGACUACCCUUGCAUUGGAGACAAUAUCGAGAACUGUCUUAUAGCGACAUGCUGUGGCCGGAAUACUGAAUUACAUACGCUUGGAAUAUUGUACAGUAUGCUGUUAACGAAAUCUAGCUUUGUAUUGCUUAGUCUUUUCUACCAUUAUGAUUAAACACAGUUAUAGCUGAUAUCUAAUAUUAUUAAACUCUAGUAUUCUUCUCAUUCGUCAUGACAAUUAUGAUAUGUGUAUUAACAAAACUUUAAAUAAUUCUGAACAAGGAAAGUGCCGUUUGAGGUUGAAAUUAUUUUGUAAUUUUAUUUUACCAGAGAGAAUUAAUAAAGUAUAUAUCUAUAACA